GAAGGUCCCAUCUCCCACUCCGAUAUAGAACCAACCGUUUUAAUCGCGUUUGCAGCCAUCUGCUGCUGAUUGGGUGAGCCUUGCAAGGUGACAACCAAUCACCAAUGACCAAUCACAGGAAGCAAUUCUUCCGUAGUACACUGACUGACUGAUGAUGGCCGCUGUAUGGUGGUGACGAGUAAUGCCCUGCUCCAGGCUCACAUUGCUGGAGGGAGGACUCUGUGUGUCUGAUAGUGACUGUGCUGGCUCCUCUAAUAAUGACUGCUAUACUUCACUGCUUCUUGGGAUACCACUCUUCAUCUUGGCUUUGAAACCCCCUAAAAUCAGUUUAAAUGAGAAUGUCCCUGGCGCAGAGAGUGCUGCUUACUUGGCUAUUCAGUUUACUCUUCCUGAUCAUGUUGGUGCUAAAGCUGGAUGAGAAGGCCCCUUGGAGCUGGUUCAUCAUCUUCAUUCCUGUCUGGAUAUUUGACACCAUACUACUUGUUAUGCUGAUUGUGAAAAUGGCAGGACGAUGUAAAUCUGGGUAUGAUCCCCGGAAUGCAGCACAAAAUAUGAAGAAAAAGUCUUGGUAUCUUGCCGCCAUGCUACUGAAAUUGGCAUUUUGUCUCAUCUUAUGUGCGUUGUUGGAACAAUUUACCAGUAUGUAUUUAUGCUUUGUAUUUAUUCCUUUGUGGAUACUGUUGAUUGGUGGUCUGACUGAACUUGGAUUCAAUGUAUUUUAUGUGAUCUAAGACUGACUGGACCUGUUGCCAUCAAAAUGUUGAAAUUCCCCAUCUGUGGUUUCAUGAAGGUCAUUUGAAUUACUUACCUGUAUUGCUAGAUAAGUAUCCACUACUAUGGAUCUGAAUGAUUUGUUUAAAGGUAUAAUUUGUUUGAGCUGUACUAUAUGUAAAUAAAUUACAAAUAAGCAUUUAA